ACACAAACAAUUAUAGUAUUAAGAUGUGUUAUUUUUCUCUUCCACAGGUUUUGUUUGUUAUUGCUACGACCUUCAACGGCUGCUGUCAUCCCAUCCUGGCCAAAAGAGGACGAAGGUUAAGGUUACUGACUGCAAGUCAUCGGCCUACAACUUAGAGAGAAUGGAUCGGGAAGACGUGAAGGAAGAAAUUGUUUCAUUUUUACCGGGCCUCUCUCUUGAAACCCUGACUUCCCUGCUGGGAGUGUUGGAAGAGAUUGGCGUGGAGAGCAGAGCAGACCUUGCCUUUGUAGAAGCGAAGGAUCUGGAGAAGUACCUCAGUAAAAUCCAGUGUCGCAGACUGCUGAACGGCAUUAAGAAUAAAGGUAAAUCCAACUUUGACACUGCCAUUACUCCCUCGUCAAGUUCCGAAAGAACUUCCGAAAGAAACUCUUCCUUUUCAUCACCCACCUUGCCUGGCAGGCCAUGGUAUACUGACUUCCGGGUCCGAUGGGUAGAGAUGCCAGCAGCUAUUGGCAAAGCGACGGCAGAUGCAAAAAGACCAUCACCAGGGGACAGAAGAGACAUGAUAAAGACAGUGGUGGACCAAAUGUUAGUGCAUGAGCAAAACCCAACAAGAGCAACAUGCCACACGAUCGCCCGGAUGAUUGUGAGAGACUGGCCAAAAAGCUUUGCCGAUGUCGGACAAAAGGGAGAUAUGCUGGGAGACGGCUGCUACUCCCUUUUGCAACAAAUAAAAACAAGAGUUGAAUACAAAAAUAGGAAGCAAACUCUUCAAACUCGGCGACGCAGGCAGCGCAGGCCCUCCAAUGUGGCGGCAGAGGGGGCAAUCGCAAUGGCCAGAGGCCCAGUAGACCAGUACGGUUGUGUACGGUGGUGUCCGGAAGAACUUCCUGCUGGAGAGACGGAGGCAACCUUGGAAGAAAAAAAACAACAACUACUGAACAUCUACGCAGAGGGAGGGAUGGGAGGGGCAGAAACGGCUGAACAUCUGAUGGAGAAGACCUACAUCACCCAGCGCCAGUUCAUAAACGGGGUGCCUGCACCAGCCAUUCAUGAGAUAAAGGAGGAUUGGCCAUUCCUAUUCUCGCAGAGAGGCCUUUUCUCCCACUUCAGUCUGCUGACGGAUGUCUCAAUACAAACCAAGUAUGAAGAGGCUAUGAACAGCAAGGGCAGUACCAUCAUUCGCUUUUGCCAGCAGCUCAACCGUCCAGGGAUCGGGGACGUCCUCGCUAAAUACGAGCCAGAGGCGUCAGACAAGGCUGCAUGUGUCCUUCUGCUACUGAUGGCAUAUUUCAAAGAACCGAAGAAUGCCAUCAUGCUUGAGGCUGAUCCGUGUGCAACUGCCGCUGAUGUUGAGAGCACAGUGCCAUUGCCGAGCAACCCCUGCUUGAUUGUUUCAGGUGACAUGAUGAAGCCAACCGCAUGGAUGCUCAGCAUUGAACAGAAGGUUGUGAUGGGACCACACCACUCCUUCAGCAACGGAAUAGCUGCAAUGUUUGCAAGCUAUUAUUGCUUCAACCUGCAGUAUCCUGAGGAGGGCUCCUCCACUUUGGAGUUUAUCCAAAGGUGCUUCUUGAGCAUCAAUCCAGAGAGGGGCUCCAAAGCCAAGAAAAAGCGUGGGUUGAUGAACCCACAUGUGAGCACACUCUUGAGGAAGAUAUUGGACUUCGAAUGGAUUUCAAUGUAGGGUGAAAUGUGCCGUGACGUCAGCGUUACCAGAGAAACCAUUUUCACCAGUUUCUGAAUUACCAAAACAGUUGUGUUUUCAAAAGAUUCCUUCCUGGGAGGGGGUUUCAAAAGUUUGCGGUUUCAAGCCUGCGUUUUCUGUUUUUUUCUGUUCUGUUGUAAUUUUUCCUAUAAGUAGAAAUGGGUCUGGGUUGUUAUUGGUUAAAUGUAUUGAUGUUGAUUCAUUGUAUAAUUAAAUGUUGAAUUGAACAAAUUGCAUGUUUUCUUUGUUUU